CCAAAGCGUACAGCCAAGAUGGCCUCCGCCUCCGCCCAGAACUUCAAUCAUCUCCUCAACUUUUCCUUGCCUCCUCGACAACGACAGCCUCUGUCCAAUCUUCCGAGAAGAAGCAGAAGGACAGGCGCAAGUCAUGGUGUUUGGAAUAAGGAACGAUUCGUUAAUGCACAGUAUCGGUUCGUUAUGAACCCUAUCGGUGACUACACAGUCCAUUUCGCGGAUCCUGAUAUUUAUUUCCAGUGGAACGAUAUCUUGCAAGUCAUCAUGCCCCUCUCUUCAGCGUUCCAGUCUGCAGCAGCUGCCGGUGAUCACGCUGGCUCAGAUGAAGGACAUACAAUAUGCCCUAUCUGUCUCUCCCCUCCGACUGCUCCUCGAAUGACGAAAUGUGGUCAUAUCUUCUGUUUUCCUUGUAUUCUACAUUAUCUCAGCGCGUCAGAGAGCAAAUGGGCCAAAUGUCCUCUAUGCCUCGAUUCCAUUAAUUCCAGUCAACUUAAGAGCGUCAAGUGGUUCGACGGUCCUGAUCAUUCAGCGGAAGAUCCCAUAGGCACCCUACAUUCUUCUUCUUCCUCUAGCUCUAUUGCAGACAUGGCACUUGACAAUGUACCUCGGGAAGGUGCCACAAUGUCCAUGCGACUUGUGCAACGCCCUCAGAUAACCACUCUUGCUUUACCUCGCUCUCUCACUUGGCCUUCUGACCUAUUACCUCCCCACCAAGCGCCUUUCCAUUUCCUCCCUGAUGUAUUCGACUUCUCCAAGUUCAUGCUCGCAACACCAUCGCAGCUGAUCGCCGACCUCACUGGGGAUCUCGACGAACUGAUCGUUGAACGCAGAAUACUCGCUGGCAUGAAUGAUGAUUUAGGGGUCUGGUUCAUCGAUGCCGCCCAGCAGAAGGUGCAGAAUCAGAUUGACAAGGCUUCAGCUCUCGACACGCCAUUUCUACGAAAUCAGAUUGAGAAGGCGCAUAAAGAUUACCAAGAAAUUCAGAAGCGAGCGAAACUAGACGAAAGAACUCGACAAGUGGAAGGCAAUCACGAUUCUAACGCUUCCGAUGUCCCCCAGGAAUUCCUUGCCUUGAAGACAAGUAACCUUAUACAAUCCCCACCUAUAUCCAACUCCAAUAGUCACAAUCCGCGGUCUGCUCCGAAACAACGUCGCAAUGUCAACCCUCCUCCUCCCUCUACUUCGACUUACUAUUAUUAUCAGGCUGCUUCUGGCCUUCCCCUCUAUCUACAUCCACUCGAUAUCAGAAUUCUCCUAUCGCACUUUGGAGAAUAUGCAUCUUUUCCAGAUAACAUUACCAUCCGCGUCGACGCUUUCUCCGAAGGCACAGUCAAUGACGACCUUCGUAAACGUUGCAAGUACCUUGCCCAUCUUCCCGAAGGUGCAGAUGUCAUCUUUGUCGAAGCUGAUCUCGAAGGUGCUGUCGGCGUUGAGGGGUUGAAGAAUUUUGAACAUGCAUUGAAGAUGCGGAAAUCACGCAGGAAGGAGAAGAGUCGAAAGGAUGAUCGGGCCAGAGCCCGAGCAGAGGAACGAGAGCGGGACAGAGGACACGACAUCUUACAUUCCUCUUGGGAAACGUCACAGAGUGGAUUGGUCAUACCCCCCGAACCUGUUGCGGUAAUAGGCUCGGAGGUAGAGGAACCCGUUAUACCGGUUCCUCAGCAAGUUUCCGGCGCCUGGGGUCAGGGUAGUUUUGCUUCAGCUUUACGUUCGACGUCUACAGGCAAUCCAUCAAAUGCGAAUCGUCGAACUCAAAAUCAGAGGGACGCUGAUGAUGAAUGGGAUAUGGACAUUGCGUGGCACGAACUCGAGCAACGGAGUGGCGGGGGAGGGAAGAAGAAGCGGAACACUAGAAUGGUCGUUCUUGGUGGUGGCGGG